UACAGCUCCCAGGCCUCUCCAAGCCCCUAACGCACAGGCUCAGAGCCCCAAGCCCGGAGGAGGUGGCUACAUUGUGUCUAUUGUAUCCUUUGGCUGGUGUAUUUGUACAUCUCUCGGGACGUGAAAUUGACAGUGAAAAGUAUGGCAGAUGAGCAAGAAAUCAUGUGCAAAUUGGAAAGCAUUAAAGAGAUCAGGAACAAGACCCUGCAGAUGGAGAAGAUCAAGGCUCGUUUGAAGGCGGAGUUUGAGGCACUUGAGUCAGAGGAAAGGCACCUGAAGGAAUACAAGCAGGAGAUGGACCUUCUGCUACAGGAGAAGAUGGCCCAUGUGGAGGAACUCCGACUGAUCCAUGCUGACAUCAAUGUGAUGGAAAACACUAUCAAACAAUCUGAGAAUGACCUAAACAAGCUGCUGGAGUCUACAAGGAGGCUGCAUGAUGAGUAUAAGCCACUGAAAGAACAUGUGGAUGCCCUGCGCAUGACUCUGGGCCUGCAGAGGCUUCCUGAUUUGUGUGAAGAAGAGGAGAAGCUUUCCUUGGAUUACUUUGAGAAGCAGAAAGCAGAAUGGCAGACGGAACCUCAGGAGCCCCCCAUCCCUGAGUCCCUGGCCGCUGCAGCCGCUGCCGCCCAACAGCUCCAAGUGGCUAGGAAGCAGGACACUCGGCAGACGGCCACCUUCAGGCAGCAGCCCCCUCCUAUGAAGGCCUGCUUGUCAUGUCACCAGCAAAUUCACCGGAAUGCACCUAUAUGCCCUCUAUGCAAGGCCAAGAGUCGGUCCCGGAACCCCAAAAAGCCGAAACGGAAGCAGGAUGAAUAAAGAAAGGGAGAGCACAUGAAGCAUUGCUAAUUAUAACCCCUCACCUUGACCAGAGUCAUUGAUGUCCUGAUGUGAAACAACCCUUGCCCAACCCCACGAAGUCUCCUAUUUAAUGUGAUGGAAGCACAACCCCUCUCUCACUUUGCUCCUAUUUCUUUCUGCUCUUGGGAUUUCCGGUUUAGGAAGAGAUGUGGUUCAGGUGCUAAACAGUGUGUCUGAUGAUCCCUUCUCUCCCACUCACAUUUCAACCCCUGCCCUUGUUUGGAGCUAAGGGAAGGGCAAAAGGCUCAGAUAUGAUUCUCUAUCUCUUGUGCCUGAGGCAUGGAGCCUAAGGAGCUAUAGGGUCUGAGGGGCAGAGGAGGCCCAUAUCUUAUUUCAGGUAAAGGACCCAGUAUUUCGCCUCCUUGUACUUUUGCCUUAGGUUCUGAAGGGACAAUAGUCUUCAUGUUGGAUUCUCCAACAGGCUGGGUGCAUGUAUCCCCCUACUCCUACCCUCAUCUCAUCCUUAAGGCCCAGAGGUAGCCUGGACAAGCCCUCCUUUUCAUAAUCAUUUGGGAGGCCUGGUUGUAAUUCUUUAGCUUGCUCCACUUCUGUCUCCCAGAUAUACUAAAAUUCUUAGGUACUAGGCUGUGUGUCUUGGGAUCUUAAGAUCAGUGAACCUUUCCCCAAUAUCUAGUCUUUGCAAAUUCUAGUAGAAGAUUCCACAGUGAAAUCAGUGAGCCAGACCAACUCUACAUCUCCUGCGUAACCUACUGCCUAAGUCAUUAGGGCUAAGGGCUGGGCUGUAGGGGCUUCCUUAGGCUGAGAGGGUCCCCAGGCUGACAUCUGUGUUGGCUUUUGGUCAGAACCAUUACUCUGGCACAUGCUCAAUGGUAUAUUGCAGGGAGGAGAGGAGUAGAUUUAGAUUAGAGUAAAUGCCAAUCAUUUUACAUAUGAAGGUGGGUGGGACUUUCCUUCCAUUCAUCCCUUGCUGUCUUGGGUCUGACUUUUUCUGUAGCCUCAGCUCAGGACAGCUGCUGGCCACUCCUGUCCUGUGGGUUGUGCAGGUGGCCUUUCCUCCCAAAAGAAAAGGCAUCAGGCUCUCCAAGCCCCACAGCUCUCCUUUCCACCAAAGCCAGGUUUCCUGGUAAGGUUACUGGAAGAUAAGGGAUGGGGAUGGGGGUUGAAUGACAAAAAAUUUUAGCCCUAGGUCUCAGUCCCUGGCUGGGGAGGGGGAUAUUUUUCCUUCCUUGAGUAGUUUUACAUUGCCACAGUGUGUAUGUGUUCAUAAUAUAAAAUGUUCCUCUGCUCUUUGAAAGUAAGAGUGUUGUGUCUGUACAAAUCCUUUUAACAUGCAUUGAUUGGAGUAAAUUCUGAGUAUCUACUGUGUAUUGGAUAAUACAAAAGAUGUAAUGUCAUUUA